AUGGACGCCUUCUCAGGAUACAAUCAAAUCAUGAUGCACCCAGACGAUCGAGAGAAGACAUCAUUCAUCACCGAUAAAGGGACAUAUUGUUACAAAGUGAUGCCAUUCGGCCUUAAGAACGCCGGUGCGACUUACCAACGACUCGUCAAUCGAAUGUUCGCCGACAAAUUGGGGAACACGAUGGAGGUCUACAUCGACGAUAUGCUGCGAGGAAUCGAGGCGAAUCCUAAGCAGAUCACAGCCAUACUUGAUCUCCCUAGUCCAAAGAACAUCAGAGAAGUUCAGCGACUCACGGGAAGGAUUGAAGUAUUGAACCGCUUCAUCUCUAGGUCCACGGAUAAAUGCCUCCCCUUUUACGAGGUACUGCGCGGAAAUAAACGUUUCGUCUCGGACGCGAAGUGUGAUGAGGCGUUCAGACAGCUCAAACAGUGUCUUACGACUCCUCCCGUGUUAUCCAAACCCGAAGCCGGUGAUACACUUUCUCUCUAUAUCGCAGUAUCCUCUACCGCGGUCAGCAGCGUCCUCAUCCGAAAAGAUCGAGGAGAUCAGAAGCCCAUCUUCUACACGAGCAAACGAAUGACCGACCCAGAAACUAGAUACCCCACCCUCGAGAAAAUGGCUCUUGCUGUCAUCACGUCAGCAAGGAAGCUGCGUCCUUACUUCCAAUCGCACACGAUCGAAGUACUGACGAAUCAACCACUCCGCACAGUAAUGCAUAACACUAAUCAAUCCAGACGAUUUUCGAAGUGGGCUAUCGAGCUCAGCGAGCACGACAUUGUGUUCAAAAAUCGAACAACAGCAAAAUCCCAAGUCCUUGCUGAUCAGAAGCCCAUCUUCUACACGAGCAAACGAAUGACCGACCCAGAAACUAGAUACCCCACCCUCGAGAAAAUGGCUCUUGCUGUCAUCACGUCAGCAAGGAAGCUGCGUCCUUACUUCCAAUCGCACACGGUCGAAGUACUGACGAAUCAACCACUCCGCACAGUAAUGCAUAACACUAAUCAAUCCAGACGAUUUUCGAAGUGGGCUAUCGAGCUCAGCGAGCACGACAUUGUGUUCAAAAAUCGAACAACAGCAAAAUCCCAAGUCCUUGCUGACUUCCUGAUCGAGCUCGCGCCAGAGCUAGAGCAAGACCUAAUCCUUUCAAGUCAAAAUAGGAUACUCCACGUCAACGGAUCGUCAACAAACAAAGGGUCAGGAGCAGGAGUCCAGCUGCAGUCCCCAACAGGCGAGCUAAUCAGACAGUCGUUCAGUUUCGGCUUCACCGCUUCAAACAAUGAAGCGGAAUACGAGUCGUUGAUCGCAGGACUACGACUCGCUAAGGCAGUCAAAGCAAAACGCCUCAGUGCAUACUGCGACUCACAACUCGUUACCAGUCAGUUUAGCGGCCACUACGAUGCUCGCAAUGAACGAAUGGAAGCAUACCUUAAAGUCGUUCAAACACUCGCUAAAGACUUCGAGUUCUUCGAACUCACCAAAGUCCCCAGAGGAGAGAACGUGUGCGUCGACGCCCUCGCUGCCUUGGGGAGCAGGCUGCGCGAUCAGGUGAAACGGACCAUUCCCAUCCACAAGAUCGACAACCCAAGCAUCGAGCUCUCGCCUAGCGAAUUGACCGUUGUAGCACCCAUAAUCGAAGCCACUCCCAUGGACGAAGACCCCGCAGCGGAAAAAACUGAAGCCGCGGACUGGAGGACAGAAUUCAUCAACUAUCUGGUCGAUGGAAAUCUACCUCCCGAGAAGUGGAUUGCAAGACGACUCAAGACACGGAGUGCCCACUAUAUCAUCUUGGAUGGAGAGCUCCAUCGAUGGACCGCAACUAAAGUACUCUUAAAAUGCAUCAACGGCGAAGAAACACAUCUUGUCAUGGCCGAAACACAUGAAGGCGCUGCAGGAAAUCACUCUGGAGGUCAAGCACUCGCUCUAAAAGUCAAAAGCGUUGGCUUUUACUGGCCAACGAUGAACGCGGAUUGCGAAGCAUACACUCAACGGUGCGACCAAUGCCAGCGACACGCUUCGACAAUCCAUUCCCCGACAGAGCUGCUAUGGACGAUGAUGGCACCAUACCCUUUUAUGCGAUGGGGAAUGGACAUAAUCGGCCCUAUGCCGAGCUCUCGACAGAAGUGCUUUGUCUUAAUCCUAACUGACUACUUCACAAAGUGGAUCGAGGCAAAAGCUUUCGCCAGCAUAACAGAAAAAGAAGUUCAACGGUUCGUGUGGAAAAACAUCAUCUGUCGCCACGGCCUACCUUACGAAAUAGUGACUGACAAUGGCUCCCAGUUCAUAUCGAACAAGUUUCGAGAGUUUUGCGAAAGAUGGAGAAUCCGACUCAACACAUCGAGUUUGUGGUACCCGCAGAGCAACGGUCAAGCUGAGGCAUCCAACAUGAUCAUAAUCGACGGGUUAAAGAAACGCCUCGACUUGAAAAAAGGAUGCUGGGCCGAUGAACUCGACGGUGUUCUCUGGUCGCAUAGAACGACUCCUCGAGGAGCAAAAAAAUCAACUCAUUUUUCAAUGGCCCACGGAGUCGAAGCUAUGGCCCCCGCUGAAGUAAACGCGAACCUGUUCCCAGAGCAUGGAACUCCAUGCAUCUCUGAAGAUACUACUCUUGAGAACGUAUCUAAUGAUCGAGCGACUGCCAGUUUAGCUCGAUCAGACCUCAAAACCAACAAGUGA